AUGACAUGCUUUAUUUUGACAGAUAAGGAAGGACAUAAUUUUUCUGUAUUCUGGGUGCUGGUGAGUGUUCUCCUAGGUGCAAUAGCCAUGCUGUGCAAAGAGCAAGGAAUUACAAUACUGGGUUUGAAUGCAGUCUUUGAUGCACUGGUGAUUAACAAGCUAAAUAUUUUGGAGUUCAUUCAAAAAUUACUACGUAAGGACAAGUUAUUGGAGAGUGCUGGUCUGCUAAGGAAGGGGCUGCUUUUCAGGAUAACUCUUCUGAUGUCUGGAGGGGCUAGUAUACUUUAUAUACGCUGGAGGAUUAUGGGCACAGGACCACCAGCUUUUACUGAAGUAGACAACCCAGCUUCAUUUGCAGAUAGUUUGUUUGUGAGAGCUAUAAACUAUAAUUACUACUAUUCGCUGAAUGCAUGGUUGCUGUUGUGUCCCUGGUGGCUGUGCUUUGAUUGGUCAAUGGGUUGCAUACCCCUCAUUAAAUCCGUCAGUGACUGGAGGAUAAUUGCACUAGCAGCACUUUGGUUCUGCCUAAUUGGUCUGAUAUGCCAAGCUCUGUGCUCAGAAGACAGCUAUAAGAGAAGAAUUCUUACACUGGGACUUGGAUUUCUUAUUAUCCCUUUUCUUCCUGCAAGCAACCUGUUCUUCCGUGUAGGAUUUGUUGUUGCAGAGAGAGUCAUCUACCUCCCCAGUAUUGGCUAUUGCAUUCUGUUUACAUAUGGAUUUAGUCUCUUGAGUAAGCAAGCCAAGAAAAAGAAAAUUCUUGCAGUGGCAGUACUUGGAAUCCUACUGAUGAACAUUAUGCGCUGUGCACUCCGCAGCAGUCAGUGGAGGUCAGAAGAACAGCUUUUUAGGAGUGCACUCUCUGUAUGCCCUCUCAAUGCAAAAGUACACUACAACGUUGGCAAAAACCUGGCUGACAAAGGAAAUCAAAGUGCUGCAAUUAAAUACUACAGAGAAGCUGUAAGGUUGAACCCUAAGUACGUACAUGCCAUGAACAACCUCGGAAAUAUUCUGAAGGAAAGAAAUGAACUCCAGGAAGCAGAAGAGUUGCUGUCCUUAGCUGUGCAAAUACAACCUGAUUUUGCUGCUGCAUGGAUGAAUCUGGGAAUAGUACAGAACAGCUUAAGAAGGUUUGAAGAGGCAGAGCAAAGCUACUGGACAGCAAUUAAACACAGAAAAAAAUACCCAGAUUGUUACUACAAUUUAGGGCGGUUGUAUGCGGAUUUGAAUCGCCAUAUAGAUGCAUUGAAUGCAUGGAGGAAUGCUACAGUUCUGAAACCAGAGCAUAGUUUGGCUUGGAACAAUAUGAUUAUAUUGCUUGAUAACACAGGCAAUCUAGCUCAAGCAGAGGCAGUUGGAAGAGAGGCCCUGGAGUUAAUACCUAAUGAUCAUUCCCUUAUGUUUUCUUUGGCAAAUGUACUGGGGAAAUCACAGAAAUACAAGUCAUAUUCAUCUGUAGAGUGAUGACUUGUCCACGUGUGAAGUCAAGACCUGUGACAGCCCAACACUUUUGUUUGUGUUGAUGAUGCUGUUAUAUAUCACGACUGUCGCUCUAGACUGUUUCAUUUUUUUGUAUAUUCUAUUAUUCCUCUCUUUCUACCUUGAAGCUGUUAUAAAAUAUGUUUUCAGAUUACUUUAACUAUGUUCUAGAAGAAUACAAAUUAACAUCCAGAAUGUAUAAGGGGUAACAUUAUGGAGGAGUUAAUUGCUAGUAUUACUUAGAUGAGUCAUGAGUGUGAAAGAACAGAGGAUCGUGCAGUUAUUUAGCAAGGGUAAUAUGCAGCCUGACAGAAUAAAAAAAUGUUUAUAAUGAAGUAAGCAGAAGAAAUAUGUAGAAAACUUGCUAGGAAACAUUCUCUGGGUAUAGAAGAAACAAGUUUGCCUUAGAAAAUUAAAAAGGAGGUAAUGCUGUCCAGUACUGAGCGGUCAUUAUGCUGCAGGGGAAUGCAUUGGACAAAGUGGGAAUAGUUGUAGGGGAAAAUAAAGCUCUCAAGCCAGAAUCCUGAAUAAAGCAAAAGAACCCAGGGAAGAAAUCAGAGAGCCAGUGAGAGUUUUAAUAUUUCAUUAGGGAGUAGUAGGUUUGUGUAGAGCAAAUGAUAAAGCCUAACUUGAGGUUGAUGGGUUAUAACAGGAAGAGCAAAUUAAGGGAAUUGGAAAGUGGAAUUAGUUAGAAAAGGAGAUAAUGACAGCAGCAGCUGAAGUUUUGCAUGGCCUGGAAAAAGGAGAUAGAGCAUGUUUGUUUGUUUGUAAGUGGGAGAAAAAAUGUUGAUUAAAAAAAGUAUGGAAAAUUGAUUUCUUGCCCACCCCCUCAACAUGUAAAAACAGAGAGAAAAGGAUGGUUCUUUAAGGGUGUUUAUUGAGUUGGGAGGAGUGAGGAAGGUGUGGGAUAGAGGCUGUCAAGGUGAUGGAGGUAACUGGCAGAAGGCUGCCUGGCUGCAUCUGUUUUGUUGUAUAACCUCGGGCAUUUCAUUUAUUUACUUUUUAUGUUUCUGUGUAAAAGUUGAUGCUACACUGGCUCUGUUGCCAUAAAAUAAGAUUUGUUUUGGGGUGGGUUUUGUUGUUUUGACGUUUUAUUUAUGGUUGGUUGGUUGGUUUUUGGGUAGUUAUUUUUAAAGGCACUGAGUCAAAAAGAUUUUAUUAUGUUAUCAGAGAUUCCCUUCAAAUGACUUGGAUGUUUUCCUUUGGUUUUAAGUGCAUUUUGAUUUUCAGCAGGAGAUGGAUUUCCUAAGCAACCCCCCAAAAGUCCUCCAACCCUUUAAGAUUUGUUUGUAUCUAUUCAUGAAUGAUUUAUUAUUCCAGAAACAAAAGCGCAUAAAAGAUUACCUGUUUUGGA